AUGGUGCCGCUCACCGAAAUCCCGACGCUCACCCUGCUGUACAAGCUCAAGAAGCUCGGCGCAGCACCCAACAACACCACCACCGCCGCAGCCGCCGCCGCAAACCACGGCUACAACGACGUGAUCAGCGUGAUCCGGACGGACAUCACGACGCUCGAAGUCGACGCAAUCGUCAAUGCAGCCAACAAGUCGCUGCUAGGCGGGGGCGGCGUAGACGGCGCCAUCCACCGGGCCGCGGGGCCAGAGCUGUUCGACGAGUGCGAGACGCUGGGCGGGUGCGAGACAGGCGACGCCAAGAUCACCGAGGGCUACCGUUUGCCGGCCAAGAAAGUCAUCCACACGGUCGGACCUGUCUACUCGAUUACGCGGCCGCGCGGCACGCACGAGUCGUUGUUGCGCAGCUGCUACAGGCGCAGCUUGCAGCUGGCGCAGGAGAGCGGCUGCAGGAGCAUUGCGUUCAGCGCGCUGAGCACGGGCGUGUACGGCUACCCCAGCGACGAGGCGGCCGAGGUCGCCGUCGGCGAAGUGCGCAGUUGGUUGGAUGAGCAGGGCGCCGGCAGCUUGCUCGAGCGGAUUGUCUUUUGCAACUUCCUGCCGAAGGACGAGGACGCGUACGCGACGACGCUUCCAAAAUACUUCCCGCCCGCACCCGAGCCCGGACAUCAACAACAACAACAAGCUACGCAGGACAAGGAAGACACGGCAGAAGGUGAGACCCUCGCGAAGCGCCUCCCCGAUGCCCCCACCGCUGAACCUUUGGACGAGGGUCAGCCUGAAGCCAAGAAGCUCAAGAGGGAGCGCCUCGGCACCUCACCCACCAAGCCCAUGCCCGCCACUGUCGAGGACUCGAACGACGACUAA